AUGGAAGAUGCCGAGACCCGUUAUUCUGCCAUCGAUGCUGAGGCGCUAGCUGCUGUAGAAGCAGUGAGAACCCUUGAUCUGUACCUUCGCAGAACAAAAUCCCCGAGAAUGAGUAGAUGGGCACACGAGCUGAUGUUUUAUGAUUACAACAUCAAGUAUAUGCUGCGAGCCCAUAAUCACAUACCUAAUCUAUUAUCCCGUGCAGCUGCAUACAGUGAAGGUUAUAUCCAACCCGGGAAUACAGAUGUUAUGCCUGCUGAGGAUGUUAUGCCUGCUGAGGAUGUUAUGCCUGCUCAGGAGGGUAUGUCUGAUGCGGACAUGCCCUCGGCUGAUACUUCUGGAAAUGCUACACCACUAGACAAUCAAGAUGUCCGUCGAGCUCAAAGGGAAGAUCCGACCUGGAGUCCCUUAUAUAAUUUCUUUGCUGAGAGAGCCUCGCCGCUACAGAGGACUUUGCUUCCCCUGGAUGACUUUGAAAUGAGGUUACUUUAUCGGCUUCGACAACUCCCUGACCGUAACUAUUAUUCGACGAAUAUGCUGCAAGCCACCCGCCGCUUCGUCCUCUUCUACCAGGUGUGCCAGCGGCGAAAAGGUGUUGCACUAUGGAGGGGCAAACUUCAAUAUGCACCUGAUGUGCACUGUCCCAUAGAAAAAGUUUCUCUUGACCUCAUAGCCGCUGGGCCUAGUCUGAAUGGGAAUCAUUAUAUUCUCACCGAGAUAGAUCAUGCCACCAGAUUCCUGCAAUUAAUUCCCCUGCCAAACUGUAAUCGACACUCGGUGGCCGAAGCUUUCAUCUCGAACUUUGUGAUGCUGCUCGGACCUCGACGCGUUAUUCAAAUGGAUCGUGGCCCUGAAUUCAACAAUACCGUCUUCGCUGCCCUUUGCAACAUGCUCAACACGAAAUUUACACUUUCGACUGCCCACCAUCCUCAGGCAAAUGGAAUGGUUGUGAGAGCAAACAGAGUUGUGAAGGACACGUUGGUCGUACUAAGUGAGAGGCAGCCUAGACGAUGGGACGAAUUUAUACUGCAAGUGCGCUUAUCACUCAAUACCAGUAUGCAUUGCAGUAUCAACAAUCAACCCCUAUACCUCUUUACAGGUAACCUCGGACCAUUCCCCACCCCACUGACGGGGAGAGGCUGUCAUUCGUGA